AUGAACUCACUGAGAAAGCAAACUUCGGACUUAUAUCUCCAGAUUAAUGCCUUCAAAGCCGCUGAUUUGACUACCUUUGCGCCUAAUGUUUCAGGCGAGGAGAAACUGAAACAUAGAAGGAAACCAGUCAAUCCUAUACUAGUGGCUACAUUGAACAAUGAACGUAAAAAGACACUGAGAAAGUGUAAUACGUCUCAGCCGUCUUGGGAUGAUGUGUUGAUCCUUCCUUUGAAACACAAUGAUCACACCCAAAUAUUGAACUUAACUGUAUGGGACAAGCAUAAACGUUUCAAGUCAUAUUUAGGGGAGUUGAGGUUGAUAAUAACAGACAUUUUCUUCAACAAAGACAACAAGUUCCAGAACCCAUCAGAACUUAAGUGGUACAAGUUAUAUUCCAGUGACGACAAACACGGAUACAUACCAGGCUCUAUUCUUUUAUCGUUUGAACUAUGUCAGCCAUCAAAGAGAGCUCGGCUGAAGCUGGAUGGACUGGAACUAUCCAUCAACAUUGUAAGCAAUUCUCAUAUUCCUGUCCCCCAAGUAGCCGUCAUUGAUGCUGGCAACUCUACGCCUGACCUCAAGGACUCAACGAUGGUUGUGGGAAGACCGGAGACGGUUGAUACCUCGGGCUUGCUACAGUUGCCUCCUGUGGCGACAUCAUCAACAAAACAAAACAUGCUCAUAAGUUGGCUCAAACUGUUGAACUUCCCUAACCCCGAUCAAGACUAUUAUAUGCCCAAUGAACAAGGGUUCUAUGAGGCUGCUAUUACUAUUGAUGACCAGUCAGAUAUUGAGUCUGUACGUACCACUACCGUGGAGUUUUCCCAUAUGAAUCUAGACGAUAGACAACUGUACCUCCAUGGUGACAACUCCAUUGGUAACUUCAAUGGCAGCUCACUUUCCGUUAACUCGUCAACAGCAGCAGCUGGUGGUGGUUGGUCAGGUAGUAAUAGCAAGUUCUUGAGUGUCCGGAGAAUAGCAACUGCUGAGAAGGAUGCCAGUAGUAAUUUUGCCAGUGAUAGUGAUGUUUCUACGAUUUAUACCGAGACCUCAUCCAUUGCCCUAAGUAGAACUCCUAGUGGUUCCAGCUUCCACAGUGGCCCCGUCAAGAAACCCCUGAGACGAUCAAGAUUGGGAUUUUCAAAAGCGUCCACAGAUAAAACAGAUGAACCAUUCAGAAUCUCUAAACGAGAUGUGUAUGGGGUUGUGUUUCUAGAGAUUGUUUCAUGUUCUGAUCUUCCACCGUAUAGGAACUUUACCAGAACCACAUAUGAUAUUGACCCCUUUGUGGUGGUAACUUUUGGUAAGAAGACAUUCCGUACAAGUUGGAAGAGACAUACCUUGAAUCCAGUGUUUCAUGAACGUAUGGCUUUUGAAAUCUUGUCUAGUGAACGGAAUUACGACAUUCAGUUUUCUGUCUUAGAUAAAGACCACUUUUCAUUCCAUGAUAUGAUAGCAAAUGUCACGUUACCAAUGAAAGACAUUCUUAAAGUUGCAACUGUUAAAAACGAAUUAUCUACACCAGAUUCUUCUAGUGCAAAUGUAUCCUUAUCGGACUUUGAUUCCACUUAUGAAAUAGACCACCCCAUUAUCAAGGUAAUUGAUGAUUCAGAGACUCCCAAGACAAAACCAAUGAAACAGUCCAAACGGAAUCGAUUAUCUCUUAAACAUAAAUCCUCGCUGUCUGAUAAGAAUGCCAAUGCUUCUAAAUUAAGAACCAUGAACUUGGACUUACAAGUGUUCCGCGAAAAGUAUGCUGAUUCAAGUCAACCCAAAUUGAAGAUCGGUGCAAGAUUUGAAACUUAUCACUCGCUCACUCGAAGAUUCUGGGAGAUCCUAUUGGACCAAUUUUUGCUGAACGAAUCAAAAACUUAUGACUACAUUGAAUUGAUUUCCUUAUUGGAUACUUUGGGUUGUAAGAACAGUGACAGCAUUGUGGGCAAAUUUUUUGCGGAUUAUGAUAAAACUCCUUGGUCUGGUGAUAGUUUAACCUAUGACCAGAUUAUUGAAUCAGUUCAAACUCAUAUCAAUAAUGAAGGUGAAGGAGAUAACGAGAGUCUUCGGAUCUUUGAAAUAGAAAGAUGUCCUAUUUGUUGUCAGAAAAGACUCAGUAAGAAACAAGACAUUGAUAUCGUUACCCAUGUUGCUAUAUGUGCAAGCAAAGAUUGGAGUAUUGUGAGUAAGUUUUUGGUAGCUUCGUAUGUCACACCUCAAAUAGCCACCAGGAAAUGGUUCCUGAAGAUUGUAAUGAAGGUUUCCUACGGGAAGUAUCAAUUGGGAUCACAUUCAGCCAAUAUCUUGGUGCAAGAUCGUACCACAGGUAUCAUCCUAGAAGAGAAGAUGAGUGUAUACGUUAGAAUGGGGAUCAGACUUCUUUAUAAUGGUGUGGAUCUGUCCAAGUCCAAACACUUCCGUAUACUUCUUAAGAAGUUAACUGUUAAACAGGGUGCCAAGUUUGAUAGCCCGGAGCUGAAGGAGGAUAUUCCAUCAUUCAUCAAGUUCCACAAGCUUGAUUUAUCGGACUGUUUAGAGGAUGAUUAUCAGAAAUAUGCAACUUUUAAUGACUUCUUUUACAGACGUCUUAAGAGCGACGCAAGACCAAAUGAAGGUGAUAGUAAUAUCAUAGUUUCACCAGCAGAUUGUCGUUGUACAGCAUUUGGAACUGUUAAUGAUGCAACUGAGUUUUGGAUCAAGGGAAGAAACUUUAGCGUCAUUAAGCUUUUCAAUGGUCAUUUCCAAGACAUUGCCAACGACUCCAAUUAUUCAUUGGGUAUUUUCCGCCUUGCACCUCAAGAUUAUCAUCGUUUCCAUUGUCCUGUGAAGGGAAGAAUAAGAUCUAUUAAGCACAUUGAUGGAGAAUACUACACUGUGAACCCCAUGGCUAUCCGUAGUAAGUUGGAUGUCUAUGGAGAAAACGUCAGAAGCAUUAUCGUUAUAGACACUGAAAAGUUUGGUACCGUAGUGUAUGCAUGUAUCGGAGCAAUGAUGGUGGGGUCUAUUGUUCUUUCUGUAGAAGAAGGAACUGAAGUAGACAGAGGAGAUGAGAUCGGGUACUUCAAGUUUGGCGGCUCGACCAUUUUACUUCUCUUUGAUAAGACUCGAUUUAAGUUUGAUCAAGAUUUGGUCCAUAACCUGGAACUGUCGGUGGAAACACUUAUCCGAGUUGGACAAAGCAUCGGUCAUCACAAGAGUGUACCGUCUUUGAAGCGAGAGAGACUUGAUUUCAGCAAACAAAGUGAAGAUUUCAAAAUGAAGUUGAUUCGGGUGAUUACUGGUGGAGACUUGAAGGACUCUAAAGAGUUAAGUAAUUGGGAAUCCAGAAAUAUGAGCAUUACGAGACAAGACCUUGAUACUGCAUUUGAUAAUAUUGAUUAUGGAGAAGAAAACGAGGAAGACGAUGAUGAUCAAUGCCUGCUUAAAAGCUUGACAUGA